CCAAAGGCGAUGCUUACGUGAGAUUGGCACAGCCAUUUAAGGACUGCUGUAGUAGAUGUCAACAUGAAGAACUUUCCACCACCGGACCACUUUGACCGAUGCAGCAUGUGCUUCCUGCGACAGGAUCAAGAAUAUACCUGCCAUCAGGUCAUUUCGGCACUGUCAAGUACUUCGGACCACUCGAUGGCACCACCGGUCUUUGGCUUGGUGUCGAAUGGGACGACUCAGCUCGCGGCAAACAUGAUGGUAUGAAGGAUGGGAAGCGAUACUUUGACUGCCGAGUCCCUCACAGUGGAUCCUUCAUUCGUCCAUCUGCCUCCAUUUGCUACGGCUGUACAUUUUUGCAAGCAUUGAAAAAUAAGUAUGUGGAAGCUGUGCAUGGGACUGCGUCGCAGGAGAAGAUCGUUCUUGGCUCUUCAAAUGGUGCCAUAGAGGUUGAAGCUGUAGACUUGGACAAGAUCCGAGGCAAAUUUUCAAAUCUGGAGCGACUGCGCGAAGUGAGCCUCGACAAUGAGAUGGUUUCUUCCGGAAACAAUCCAGGGGAAAUCCUGUCGACGUGCCCUAACAUCUGCGGCCUGGAUCUUUCUGCAACACUUUUGUCUAGUUGGGACGUUGUGGCGAUGAUAACCACUGAACUGCCUCAACUCGAGCGGCUAGCGCUCAAUCGCAACCGGCUGACGCCGCCCUCAUCUCACUUGCCUGCAUCGGUAUGGCUGCGACUCUCAGAGGUCCAACUGAACGGUACCUGGACUUCAUGGGAAGAAUUUACAAGCAUAGCGAUACUCAUGCCUCAACUUCGCAUAGCGGAACUCGGAUACAAUGGGCUUACUUCGCUAUCAUGUGCGAAGAUCUCUACAGUGUUGGACCGUAUCGAGAUCCUCAACUUUGAUAGCAACAAGCUGGAAGAUUGGCAACAUAUCAGCGAAGCAUUGAAGCCGUGUACCUCAUUACAACGACUCAUACUUUCAUCUAACGGCAUCGAAAGGAUCCCUCCUCGGGGAUCUUGUCCAUCACAUUUACAAGAUCUCAAAGUCCUCUCUCUUUCUAGUAACAAACUCCAUAAUUUGCGCGAUAUUGAUCAAUUAUAUGAGUGGUGUCCCCAUCUCGAAACGCUGAGCCUCGCCAAAAAUCCACUGUCUGAGGUAAAUGACCUCUCUCGUUCUGCCAGGCAGCAAAUUAUAGCAAAGAUUCCGUCUUUGCGGGUGCUUGACGCAACUGCGAUCUCGACGAAGGAACGAUCAGAUAGUGAAUUAUAUUAUCUUUCUUUCGUUACGAAGACCGUGCCUGGGGAUGAUGAAGCCAAAAUGAAGGAACACCCGCAGUGGAAGAUGCUGUGCAUGAGUCAGUGUCUUGGCUCCACUGAGUCAUUACUAUAUUUACCAAGCCUUUUGCUAUGUGCCAGAGCACGGUAGACCUGUUGAGUCAACAGCUGAUCGCGACGGUAGACUCAGUCGAUAUUUGAUCGAGGUAAAAAUUCACCACUGCUCUGUGCCCCCUGAAGGCCUCUUUACCCCGGAGAUGGAAGGGGGUCUCAUUGCAUCUACUUCGCUGCGCGUGCUUUCUACGAUGAAAUUGGGGCAUUUCCGGCUCAGAGUGAUGAAAGCCCUGGGAGCAGGCAAAAAUCCAAGGAAUCGUGAUAGUAUUUGUGUAUGGUUGAGGAUGGGUGAUGACACACUGGUUCUUCUUCAAAACGAUGAUCAAGAAUUAGGGUGGUGGGGAAUAGAGAGUAAUUCACAUGUUGUCGUACACG